AUGGCAAACACACCAGUGGUUCCACCGCCAGAACUGCGCAGAACCAUCCUGCGCGUGUUUACCACCAAGCACUCGCUACAGCUCCAUUCAUCAGCCAUCGCCUUCAUCACUUCGACGCUCGCGGAUCAUGGACUGCUGCAACAGCCACUAGAGUGGGAGGAGGCAAUCGAAGCGCUUGCACAGGGUAUCGUUGAUGGCCAAACCAAUGCUGAUUCCAAUGCUGGAUCUCACUCCAAAGCGCUAGCUUCCACUGGCAAGGAUGGUCCUGAUGACCAAGAGGGUUCGUCCGAUCUGGUAACAGCAGCAGCGCUGGAAACGGUCUACUCGAGGCUGGUUGUAGCUGAUUCUGCCGCGCAUGCGACUCAGGCUGCAGUGCGAGAUACAGCAAAUGGCGUCCAUCGACACGCACACGAGUUGACGGACGGAGAACUUCCAGAUCCACAUCGGUACUUUGGUGUACAUUCGGCCUUUACCCAGCCCAAACUCACUUUUGAUCCGAUCCGUAAAGUGUUUGAGCCAACAACCCUUUCCGCGACGCUUCUGCCUACUGCAUCGACACGAUCGACGUUCGCGCGUCAGCGUUACCAUAUCCUCAAAGGCGUGAUUUUGAGAAACGAAAACUUUUGCCCUCCGCUCGCCAUCGCCACCGCAUCAUCAUCUAAAAACCUCGCCGAUGGGUUCAUGAAGCUCACCUCGACAAAGAACUUGCUCGGACGACAAGGACAACGAUUUUUGCUCUUCGGAAUGCUCAGCACUUCAUCUGAUGGACGGUAUGAACUCGAAGAUGCUGAUGGAACUGUCGGCUUGGAUCUGCACGACGCGAUUCCGGGCGAAGGCAUUUUCACCGAAGGAAGCUUGAUCCUCGUCGAAGGCGAGUACACAGUGGAAGAGCGUAUCCACGUGUUUGCUCUUGGUCACCCGCCGAGCGAAACGCGUGCACAGGCGAGAUCGAUGCACGCACAUACGGAUUUCUUGGGACCACCGCAGACUCCGAUUCUUGAGCCAGCCGGCGCACCGAGCCGUGUAGCUGCAAGAGCUCCCUGGAGAGGCGCGAUCUCGGUCAAGGAAGAGGCGGCAUUUCAAGUUCACGAAGCAAAUCACUCGGAUCUGUGCUUUGUGAUCUUUUCAGAUCUGCAUCUGGAUCAUCCCAAGACCAUGGCGGCGUUCGCUACAGUUCUUCAGGGGUACGUGGAUGCGGAUUUUAUCCCAUUCGCUUUGAUGCUGUGUGGCAACUUUGCAAGUCAACAGUAUUCGUCAGCCGAUACGGUGGAUAGGUACAAAGCUGGAUUUGCAUCGCUCGCUGAAACGCUCUCCAGAUUCCCAGCCAUAGUUCGCAGCAGCCAUAUCAUUCUAGUUCCAGGACCGCAAGAUCCGUUCGCGUCAUCGCUCGUUCCACGUCCUCCGCUGCCUCAGGGUUUGGUCGAGCCGUUGGUGUCAAAACUAAAAACGAUGCAUGCGACGAUCCAUUUGGCGUCGAAUCCGUGUCGGAUUUCCUAUUUUUCACAACAGAUUGUGGUGUAUCGCGACGAUAUGAUGACCAGGAUGCUGAGGAACACGGUGCGCAUCAAAGACCAAGCGCAAGAACAGGAGCGCGAGCAGAGGGAAAGGGAAGAGAGGGAUUUGAAAAAGUUUUUGGUCUCGACCGUUUUGGACCAGGCGCAUCUGGUGCCGUUGGCGCAGAGGAUCCGCCCGGUGCUGUGGGAUCACGACCAUGCUUUGAGCCUAUAUCCCAUGCCCACUGCGUUGGUACUGGCAGACGCAUACGAUCGGUACGAGUUGACUUACGAAGGGUGUCACGUGGUCAAUCCGGGCUCUUUCCGUUCCGGCAAUGCUUUCACUUGGUCGACUUACUAUCCUGCCACACGCCGAACCGAGCCAAGCGAGCUGCCACUCGUCUGA